AUGGAUGGAGGAGUAGCGGGCAACCUCGACGUCCGUGGAGUUGGAGGGCGGGCUGAGGCGGUCGAAGGAGUAGACGAGCUUGACGAGAUUGGAGCUUGGGAGGAUGUGGAGCUAGGUGGAGAGGAAGAAGCCAAACUGGGAGAGGUCGAUGUCAGGCGCAUCCUGUCUGAGGCGACUGGCAAUACCACCGUAAAGUUUGAAAUAAAUUUGGAAAAUAUGCAAGCACAGGUGUAA